AUGCAAACCGAGCAAAAAAAUUGCACGUUUUAUUGGAAAAUCGGAGCUUGUAGGCUUGGUGAUCGAUGUUCUCAUUUGCAUCAGAAGCCAGCCUAUUCUCAGACUAUCAUGAUCCGACACAUGUAUCCAAAUCCGAGAGGCGCUAAUUUUGUGGAUCAAGACGGAAUAUUAAGACCAUUCACGAAUGAAUUCUUGAGAGAAUAUUUUGAUAACUUUUACGCUGAUAUAUUCAAAGAAUUGGAAACCAAACAUGGACUGACCAUUGAAGAUUUAUAUGUUUGUGAUAAUACUUGUGAACACAUGUUCGGAAAUGUUUAUAUUUCGUUUGCAAAUAUUGAAGAUGCCAAAAAGUGUUUUCAAAUUAUGAAAGGAAGGUUUUAUGCCGGAAGAAUGUUAGUUCCCGAGUAUUCACCUGUUCUUGAUUUUUCGGAAGCAAAAUGUCGACCUUUUGAAAGGGGAGGAGAAGAACAAUGCCCUAAAGGAGCUAAUUGCAAUAAUAUUCAUCCAUUGAAGCCAUCCGAAGAUUUGUUAAAACAUUUACUAGGAGAAACUAGAUAUGAAUUGUACAAACAGAAACAUGAGACACCUACUCAUCAUUAUCAUCAUGAACAUCAUCGUGGUGUUUCAUCUGACUACAAUGCUCAAUAUGCAGGAGGUCAACACCGACACAGACCACCACAACAUAGAGAUCAACAGCCACCACAUCAGCAACCUCAAUUUCCCACACCUCCCUCUAAACCUGGAUUUGUUCCAAGAGGUGGCAAUAUCAGUGGCAACACUGGUGGAGGCAGAUACAAUGACAACAGAGGAGGUGAUAAUCGAAGAUUUAGCUCCUCAUCAUCUGGGUCAGGAGGAUAUUACAACGAACAACAUCAACAACAGCCUCAUCAUCGAGAUUCUAGAGGUGGUGGAGGAGAUAGGUAUCCAAGAUCGGAUAAUAGACCACCAAGCAACGAUAGAUACUACAAUGCAUCCACAUCACCUCCAGGAUCCUCUUCUGGAAGUGAUUACAACAAGAGAAAGAGGAGAGAGGACUCUGAUAACAAUUAUGGAUCAUACUACAAGAGAAAUAAGGAAUAA